AAAUAAUGGCCGGAUGGCCAGGGGCUCUUCAUUCUGCCCGCUGAAGUCCAGCCUCAGUUUCCGGUCUGCUCCAUCCUCUUUCAACAGCACCCCAAAAUGGCCACCCCCCUGGAGAAAGCCCUGGACACCAUGGUGGUCACCUUCCACAAAUAUUCCCAGAAGGAAGGAGACCAGUUCAAACUCAACAACACGGAACUGAAGGAGCUACUGAAGCAGGAGCUGCCCGGAUUCAUCAGCAAGAAAAAAGACGAGUCGACGUUUCAAAAAAUUAUGAGCAACUUGGAUUCCAACAAGGACAACCAGGUGGAUUUCCAGGAAUACGCCACCUUCCUCGCCUGCAUCGCCAUGGCAUGCAACGAUUUUUUCCACGCAUUCCCGGACAAGAUGCCCCGGCAGAAAUGAAGCGGGGCGGGCAAAAUCGCCAGUGGGCCAAGCGUGCAAACGAGGCGGGCAGAGUGCACAGGUGUGUGUAAGGUCUCAUCGGCUUCCCCCCCUCCUGCCCCCCCCUCUAGCCAACCGCAGCUUCUGAAUCGGGGAGGUCUCUCCAGCGAGGAGAAUUGCAGUUGCCUCUCUCUC